AUGGCUGGCGGCGAUAUCAAGAAGGGUGCCAACCUUUUCAAGACCCGAUGUGCUCAGUGCCACACCGUUGAGAAGGACGGUGGCAACAAGAUCGGACCUGCUCUGCACGGUCUCUGGGGCCGCAAGACCGGUUCCGUCGACGGAUACUCUUACACCGAUGCCAACAAGCAGAAGGGUAUUGAGUGGAACGACGACACUCUCUUCGAGUACCUUGAGAACCCCAAGAAGUACAUCCCCGGUACCAAGAUGGCCUUCGGUGGCCUGAAGAAGGCCAAGGACCGCAACGACCUCAUUGCCUACCUCAAGGACUCCACUAAAUAA